AUGGCGGGGGAGGAGGAGAGGAAGCGGGUGCUAGUGGUGGGCAGCAGCGGCUACCUGGGCCAGCAGCUCCUCAUGGCAUCCUCCGCCGCCGACCGCCUCGACCCACACGUAGUUUUCAACUGUGUUGCGAUGUCAGUUCCUCGGGCAUGUGAAAUGGAUCCACCUGCUGCUAUGGCUACCAAUGUGCCUUCUUCACUUGUGAAUUGGUUGCUGAGUUUUGGGAAUGACGACGCACUUUUGAUUCAUCUGUCAACUGAUCAAGUUUAUGAGGGGGUGAAAUCCUUCUACAAAGAAGAGGACGAGACAGUGCCGGUGAACAUGUAUGGAAAAUCUAAAGUUGCUGCAGAGAAACUCAUUGUUGAGAAAUGCUCAAACUAUGCGAUCUUGAGAAGCAGCAUUAUCUAUGGGCCACAAACAAUCUCUCCUGUGGCAAAAUCCCUUCCCGUUCAGUGGAUGGAUGGUGUUCUUUCACAAGGCCAGCAGGUUGAGUUCUUCAAUGAUGAAUUCCGGUGCCCUGCCAAUGUCAAAGAUAUGGUGGACGUAAUUUUGUCAUUAACAAAAACUUGGUUAUCAGAUGUCAAAAAAGUCCAGGUCCUCCUGAAUGUUGGUGGUCCAGAUAGGGUAUCAAGACUGCAGAUGGCUGAGUCUGUUGCUGUUGUUCAUGGAUAUAACCCCAGUAUAAUCAAAUCUGUGUCUACAUCAUCGGUUAAUCGAGGGGUAGCUUCUCCACCAGACAUAUCCAUGGACAUCACCAAGCUAACCUAG